AUGGCAGGAAGUAAAGACCAAAUUAUAUGUGAUGUACAAGCUAUUGUGAAUAUAGUUGCUGGAACUGCAUCUCUUGAACAAGAAUAUCAAACAACUGUAUUUACAAGUUGCACCUGUCCAAGUUGUUGUAGAACGUACUGGAGAUUGGUUCGUAGCAAGCACGAUUAUUUGUCAUUAUAUCCAUAUUGUCCAAAUUGUGGUUGGAAGAUAGAGUUAGAUGAUAUAAUUGAAGACUAUGAUAUUAUUGGAGCUGAAGUUCUAUUUAUACAAAAGGAUAACAAAGCUUAUGCAAGUUUCAAAUUAACACAUAAAGCUUUAGAAACACAAAAUAUUAAACAAAUGAUUCAAAAAUGUAAUGCACGUUAUAUUUGGUAA